AUGGAAGUCAAGACCAGUCGGCUAGAAAACCUACUACGAUUUCCCGGCGCAGACCCGCCUGGUGGCCUUGUUUCUGACGCUGCAGUGCUUUCAUGCGGCUGUCUUGUUUCUGAGGCCCAAUACCUCGCUGGUCCGAAAAGCUGUCCAGUGUGCUUUGAGGAGGCAUCCAUGAUAACACCAAUUGCUCCGCUACGAGAGCUCUACAAACUCCUAGAUCCAAAGCAAAGGCGAACGUCGUCCCUGCGGCAAAGUCUACGGAAAAUGCUGGACCUGGCAACUACAGAAAGUAUGGACUUGGUGGGACUCUUCUGUAAACUAGCUCGAGAAGAAACAGAGGGAAAGCGAGAGGUGGCCUUACUGAGCUCGCCGGAAACAGAGAUGAAGGCGCCGAUUCUUAGUCCAGAAAUUCCCAAGCAGCCCGAGGACGAUCUCGACAAUAUGCUUCUGGGUUUGAACGAACAGGAGGAGUACAACUUCAGCAGAUGCUUCCCAUUCCACAGGAAACUCACGACUUUCCAGACCGCCAACAACAAGCUCAAGAAGCUUUCUCUUCGACUGUCGGCUACCCGCUACAACGGCUGUUCCUUGUGUACCCGCUACGAUAAGGCCUUGGGUGAAGAAAUCACCACUUUCGUUUUGAUCACAGACAAACGCUGGGAGCUCUACACGUACAGACCAAGUCUAGGCAAGCCUUCCCUUCUAGCUUGUGGCAAGCUGACUGGAGAGUACUCGUACGGAUCAUCGGAAUAUAAGCCUUCUUCUAAGCCGGGGCUUAUAGUGAAGAAUGAGUUCGGAGGUAAAAGCACUUCUUCCGAUUCCGAGAGUGUGGGCUCUAAAUUGAAGCUGUUUGUGCAUCUCUCGUGCUGCCUUUCAAGACGGUUCCUUGUGCUUGCCGGAACGAGAGGUGUGGUUCGUGUUCUUAAUGCUGAUCCAGAAUACGGCGAUGUGGGUGCUCCAGUCUACACGUAUUUGACCAACUUCCCUAUAAGAUGCAUUUCAAUUGCCCCCAAGGAAAACCUCAUAGCCUGUGGAAUCACGGCUCGAGAGAGGAUGUCUGGAAAACAGCAACCUUUCGUGAUUCUCCAUCAGCUAGAUAUGGAUCAACAGAACGUCAAAAGCGUGCAUCCUAUAACCAUUACCAUUCCAUACAGAGAUCCGCUCAAGGUCAUUUCCUUCAAUGCAGCGUCAACCCAUAUCAUAUGUUCUACAGUCUACGAAAUGCGUUACUUCAUUAUUCGUCUACGAUCCACACCUACCAGUGUUUGCAGAAAGCCCAUGCUUAUCUGGUCCGACAUGAGAGUUGCCUCAAGACAAAAACUCGAAGAAAUGACGGGCGACCGGAGCUAUGAUACAAAUGUAGACGACCAGGUCAUGGAUAGUGAGGGAAUCACCGAUAUCAAAUUCGGCCUUCCUGGCACAAACACCAUUGCCAUCACCACAGCAUCAUGGAACAACCGUCCGUCUUUGCUAGUAAAACUUGAAGGACCGUCCAUUGACGCUUUUGGGGGCAUGUCAAAUGUCUCUUUAGAGGACGAUGUGGAAGACGACAGAAACCUCCAGAUUACAGACUACGACGUUACGCUCAAGGUGCCCGAAAUCGGCUCUUCCAUCUACCGUGUUGAAUUUUCUCCUCGCGGUGACAGCAUUCUCUUCUUGGACAAGUCCGGUCGGAUAUUCAUCGUAUCUACUCCGAACGCCAGGACCACGAGGCCUCAGACCAAGAAAAUCAUAGUAUUACUAGGCGAAGCAGCAAAUGCCGUUCGUCCGAAUGAGGCAGCCUCCGUGCUGUACUCGUCCGAUGGCGGCAAAAUUCUUGUUGUGGACCGUAGGGGUCUUUUCCAGGUUUUUGACUUCACCAAGGGUAUUCCCGGAGAAGACCCCGAGGUGAUUAAAUGCAAGAUAGUGAGCGUAUAA